UGUAAAUGUAUUAUAGUUCAGGGUUUUCUUUGCAUUUUCCCUUUUUAUAAAAAAAAUCAGUGAUUCUUACAAAAAAUUUACCGACCAAUCUCUGUAGCCGCUCCAGAAAGGCGAACUGAACCCUCACUUCUAAAACCCUAAUCCUCCCCAAAACCUUUCUCUCUUCAUCACCAUCUCUCUACCUCGAAUCAUCACCGCUUCAAUGGCGUCUUUCGAUCGUUUCGACGACAUGAACGACUCGAGAUUGAAGUCUAACAUUCUCCGAAACCUUCUGUCCGAGUAUGUUCCCAACGAGAAGCAGCCUCUGACCAACUUUCUAUCACUCUCCAAGGUCGUAUCGACCAUCGCCACCCAUAAGCUGUUAUCUGAGUCUCCUUCGGCUUCAAUUGACCAGAAGCUUCAGUCUAAGUCGAGAUCAGCCGUUGAUGAUUGGGUUGAGAGGUUGCUGGCUCUGAUUUCUUCGGAUAUGCCAGAUAAAUGCUGGGUGGGUGUGGUUUUGAUGGGAGUAACUUGCCAAGAGUGCAGCUCAGACCGUUUCUUGAGUUUCUACUCUUUUUGGUUUGAGAGGUUAUUGUCACAUGUCAAGAAUCCAGCAAGCUCUAGAAUUGUUCGAGUGGCUUCGUGUACCGCAAUCUCUGAUCUCCUUACAAGGCUGUCUAGAUUUUCGAAUACGAAGAAAGAUGCAGUUUCACACGCUGCGAAAGUUAUCCUGCCAAUCAUUAAACUAUUGGAUGAAGAUUCUUCAGAAUCACUAUGGGAAAGCAUUGUCCAUCUGCUAAGUACAAUCGUAAUUUUGUUCCCUGCUGCUGUCCACAAUAAUUAUGACAAGAUUGAAGCCGCUAUUGCCUCCAAAAUAUUUUCUGAGAAAACAAGUUCUAAUAUGUUAAAGAAAUUUGCACACUUUCUAGCAUUGCUCCCCAAAGCUAAUAAAGGGGAUGCGAGCAGCUGGUCCCUGAUGAUGCAAAAACUUUUGAUAUCUAUAAACGUGCAUCUAAAUAAUUUUUUCCAAGGUCUUGAAGAAGAAACAAUAGGAAAAAAAGCAUUACAACGAUUGGCUCCUCCUGGAAAAGACUCUCCUUUGCCUUUGGGAGGCCAAAAUGGGGGUUUGGAUGAUGCAGCGUGGAGCUCUGAACAGUUAAUUGUAUCCAGAGUUUCUGCACUUAUGUUCUGCUGCUCAACGAUGCUUACUAGCUCGUUCAAAUCCAAGGUUAAUAUUCCGGUUGGCUCACUAUUAUCCCUUGUUGAGCGAGUGCUUGCUGUAAACGGCUCUCUACCACGAUCCAUGUCACCCUUCAUGACAGGGAUCCAACAAGAAUUGGUUUGUGCUGAACUUCCGACUUUGCACUCGUCGGCUCUGGAACUCUUGAGCGCUACUAUAAAGUGUAUCCGCAGCCAACUAUUACCAUAUGCUGCAUCUGUGGUGAGACUUGUUAGUAGUUACUUCAGGAAAUGUUCAUUUCCAGAACUGAGGAUUAAGCUCUACUCGAUUACUAAAACCUUGCUCAAAUCCAUGGGUGUAGGAAUGGCAAUGCAACUGGCACAGGAAGUUGUCAGUAAUGCCUCUGUGGAUCUAGACCUGACAACUUUAGAAAGAUUCGAUGCGGUAUCUAGCAAAAACCCGUCGUUUACUAAUGGAGGUGUUCUUAAGGCUUGCAGUAAAAAAAGGAAGCAUUCAAACAGAUCAGGAGUCGAGGCAGAGAAUGCUGUUUUUGAAGUCGGAGUCCCUCACAAUCACUCGAGUAGCCCUAUUUCAUUGAAGAUAGCAGCUCUUGAGGCACUGGAAACUCUUCUCACCAUCGGUGGUGCAUUGGGAUCAGAUAGCUGGAGAGAACGUGUUGAUAAUCUUCUAAUGACCACAGCAACAAAUGCUUGUGUAGGGAAAUGGGCCAAUGCUGAGACCUACCAUUGUUUACCUAAUAAGUCAACGACGGAUCUGGUUGAGUUUCAGCUUGCAGCACUCCGUGCGUUUUCGGCAUCUCUCGUUUCUCCAUCAAGAGUACGACCUGCAUUUUUAGCUGAAGGGCUUGAGCUUUUCCGAACAGGUAAAUGUCAGGCGGGAAUGGAAGUUGCCGGGUUCUGUGCUCACGCUCUCAUGUCCCUUGAAGUUGUUAUACACCCUAGGGCACUUCCACUCGACGGUCUACCAUCACUUAGCGACCUAUUCCCGGAAAGCAAUUCUCUGGCCAGGCAGAGACACAACACACCUAGUCUGAGUAAGUUGAACGGUGGUGAUGUUUUAAGCAACAGGUGGCUGGCAAACGUGGAUGUUCCUUCAAGCAUCGAGAUUCAGAGAACCGUAGAGACAAGUCUAACUAUCCAAGAGACCAGAAGUUUGAAAGUUGGGAACGAUUUAGCUACCGUUGUAUCUCUGGCUGACCAAGAUCUUACAGAUAUCGUUCGACAAGCUGAUGUGACUGAAUCAGCUAAGGAGUCUCUAGGACAUGUUUCAGAGAAAGAUGAUAUGGCUCGAGAAGUAGUGAGUGAGACUCGAGAUGGAGAGGAAUUGGCGAUUAAGGAUAGUGUCAUGGAGGAAGCAGGAAUUGGUAAGAAGAUAGAGUCCUUAGAUGAAUCUGAUGAUGAUUCUAUUCCAAGUCUAAAGCCAGAUGAUUAUAUUCUCUCUUCCGAUUCUGAUAUAGAAUCUUAAUGCAAGACAAAAGGAGUUCACAUAUCUGUCUUUUAAGAGAAUCUUUUUUUUUUUUUUUUUGUAUCCGAAGUUCAAGUUUUGAUCAUGUUUUCUUUUCUUUCUUUGAAGAUGUUUCAUUGAAUAGUUUCCCUACUUUUAAAAGGUUGUGUUUUUAUUUUGCCCUACAUGUUUGAUUCGGUGUAAAUUGAAUCACAGAAGACAUUCCUCUCUCAACCUGUAACCGA